UUUGUAGAGAACAAAUUAAAGUAGAUGGAAUGAGAAUUAGAAAGGCUAAUGGGAACAAGGCUAAUAAAGUUGAUAUAUGUGGUAAAGGAGAGACUAGAAAUAUUAUUAAAGAUGAGUCUGGUGUUUUUAGUACUAAAAGUAGAUCCAAAAAG